CAGCCGCUCAAGAUGCCGAAGGGGAAGAAGGCCAAGGGGAAGAAGGUGGCCCCGGCCCCUGCCGUGGUCAAGAAGCAGGAGGCCAAGAAGGUGGUGAACCCGCUGUCCGAGAAGCGGCCCAAGAACUUCGGCAUCGGACAGGACAUCCAGCCCAAGCGGGACCUCACACGCUUCAAGUGGCCGCGCUACAGCCGGCUGCAGCAGCAGCGGGCCAUCCUGUACAAGCGGCUGAAGGUGCCGCCCGCCAUCAACCAGUUCACGCAGGCGCUGGACCGCCAGACGGCCACGCAGCUGCUGAAGCUGGCCCACAAGUACCGGCCCGAGACCAAGCAGGAGAAGAAGCAGCGGCUGCUGGCGCGCGCGGAGAAGGCAGCCGGCAAGGGGGACGUGCCCAGCAAGCGGCCGCAGGUGCUGCGGGCGGGAGUGAACACCGUCACGACCCUGGUGGAGAACAAGAAGGCACAGCUGGUGGUAAUCGCGCACAACGUGGACCCCAUUGAGCUGGUGGUCUUCCUGCCCGCCCUGUGCCGCAAGAUAGGGGUCCCGUACUGCAUCCUCAAGGGCAAGGCCCGGCUCGGGUGCCUGGUGCACAGGAAGACCUGCACCACCGUGGCCUUCACGCAGGUGAACUCGGAGGACGAAGGGGUCCUGGCGAAGCUGGUGGAGGCCAUCAGGACCAACUACAAUGACAGAUACGACGAGAUCCGCCGCCACUGGGGAGGCAAGGUCCUGGGGCCCGAGUCCGUGGCUCGCAUCGCCAAGCUGGAGAAGGCCAAGGCCAAGGAGCUGGCCACGAAGCUGGGGUGA